GAUCAACGAUUCACUACCGGCACAGAGUUGGCUACGCAAAUACAUGCGAUGUAUAGGCCGACAACAAAGAACGAGUGGUGGCUGUGUGGUGUGCUGCUCACACAGGCUAUCUUGACGAUUGCCCUUGAAAUCUACAUCCUCGUGGAAUGGCAAGCAUGGGUUACUCCCCAGAUUGUUCAGGUGACGGUGUCAGUGAUUAUUCCGAUCAAUCUCGAUGUUCUAAUUUUUGCCUGUCUCUAUGAGUUCAUUCUUGCUUUAGAUGCGAUUCAUCAAAAAAACAAUAUUCUACUUUUUGCAAUCUGCAUCUCCAAUACCUGCACUUUUGUCUACUCUGUCAUGCAGUACCAAAUGAUGGAGGAGAACACCAUGAGGCUAUUUGAUGAACGCUAUGGGUAUCCAACCUUGGUAGAUACCACCCGCAAUGUGUGGCCUCUCAUCAAGCCAGCAGAGAUCCUUGUAGCAAUCUUCACGGGAUUAGGAACUCUGCUGAUCUUCCCAAUUGUGUACUUGUUGCAUAAGGAGUAUUCCUGGGCGAUUUACAAAGUUGUCCACGGCGGUCCCAAAACACGAAUGCGUUAUCUGGCGUACGAGGUAAGAUUUUCCCGUCGAAGUUCCUUAGAUCUUCCUUGUGCUAAUUAA